AUGAGAAAAAUGUGUUCGAACGCAGUGGUGUACCAUGCGAUUUCCAAGCCCAAUCCUUUAAUUAAUCAAAUUGGCAGAAUCUGUCUUUUGCAACCCUGUCAGAAAAAUCGUUAUUCCUGGGGAUCUGUCAAUAAUCAUUUGAGCAGAACUUUUGCAAAUGAGAAAAUAAAGGAAAAUGGCAUACCGGAAUCUUUAAUUCUUAACAGAAAUACUGUCGGGGUUCUAAAGAAACCUCAAGUCAAGGAUUUUGCAAUUAAACUUACAUCUGAAGAAAGAGAACUUUUAAUUUCAACUUUGCAAGAAUGUCAGUCGAUGAAGAUUAAGGCAGAAUACGAAGGUCAAUUGGCUACUUUUCGAUGGAGAAAUAAAUUUGGUCGUCCGAGCGCGAUUCCGUCGCUUGGACAAGUAGAUCCCACAGGCAGUUAUUGUGCAGUUCCUGAUGACUGGCUUCUUCAAAAGUAUGCGGACACAUCAAAGAAUAUCAAUGCAUCAUUCGAGACAGUACCAGAACCUUGUAGUAGAGAUCUUUUGCGAGUCUUGGUCGCUAAUGCCAUUCCCUUCAUUGGAUUUGGUUUUCUCGACAACUUUAUCAUGAUUAUUGCUGGAGAUCGCAUUGAGAUGUACUUGGGAACUGUUAUUACUUUGUCAACUAUGGCAGCUGCUGCUAUUGGAAAUACUUUCUCAGAUAUAUUGGGAAUUGGAUCUGCGUAUUAUGUUGAACUUUUAGCACAAAAAAUUGGCUUCACACCACCAAAGUUAACACCUAUUCAAUUAGAUCUACCAAAAUCGAGAAUGUCAGCAAAUAUGGGUCGAGUUAUAGGAGUAACCAUAGGUUGCAUUUUAGGUAUGACUCCUUUACUAUUCCUUCGUCAUGAAGAAAAGACAGAGUCAGAAACAACAAAAACGUCCACGGAAGAAGCUCCUAUAUUGAACGAAAAGACUAAUUAAAAUUAUUAUUUCGCGCUGGUUUUUCUUUUGUAUAUAUGUUUAAGCUGUAUAGAUGAUACAUAUUUCUGACAAUUGACAUGUUUUUGGUUAAAUUCGUUCAAGUUUUUCUGUAAAAAUUGAUAUUAUAUUUGUAAAUAAUUUUAUAUAUAUAGUUUUUGAUUAUAUAUUAUAUAAAACUAUAUGUGUACGUCUGUAUGAAAAGGGCUCAUUUUGUUACUAUUGAACUUAUUUAUAUGAGUAUAAUUAUUUUCUGAGAAAAGAUCAUAUUUUUGUUUUUAGCUUUUAAAUUUCACGGCAUUAAAAUAAAAUUAAUGAAUCACACAUAAAA